AACACAAUUCUGACAAUGAAUAUAUUCACAACAGAAUCACAAGUCUACACCCAACUAUUGCAGGAGGUUACAGCAGCCACAGUCAUGCACAUGCGGGUUCUCCUCUCCACCAAAGUUGAGGGGUGGGGGCUCCGACUGGUAACUAGCGCGAUCUACCGAGGAGUUGGGAAAGCCGGUAUCGAACAGUCCAUCGCUCCUUUCAGCAGUGCUGCUGCCAAAGAUCCUGGAGCAAGUCGACGCAAGAUGGCUGGAAAACUUUCUGCUGAAGAUCGUGAAUCUGCAUUAAAGCCAUUGCUUGGUAGUGGGUGGUCCAUGGUUGAGAAGAGAGAUGCCAUCUAUAAAGAAUUUUUGUUUAAAGACUUCAAUGAGGCUUUUGGUUUCAUGUCAAGAACUGCUCUGUUAGCAGAGAAGAUGGAUCAUCAUCCUGAAUGGUUUAAUGUCUAUAACAAGGUUCAAGUAACAUUGUCCUCUCAUGAUGUGAAUGGGCUUAGUCAGAGAGACAUUAAGUUAGCAUCUUUUAUGGACAAAGCAGCUGUUACAGUCUAACUGUUGGUCAAACUUGUUAUAUGAAGAUUACUUUCUCUGCUGGGGAAGAAAAUGAUACUGAAUGUGGACAUUUUUGUAGCUUUACUAUUUGUUGACUGUUCUGUGCAAAAGCCACAAGUAUUACAUGGCAUUUCUUGUAUUUGGCCUCUAGCUUUGCUGUAUUUAAUUAAUUAAUGAUUAAAAUUAAGUUGGUCAGGA